UCUUUUAACAUUAACUAGUCCAUGAUCUGGCAGAGUCUCCCUUUCAACUCUGGCCAGUCCCAGUGUCCCAGGCCGGGGUCUCCCCUCCCAGUCUGUGUUGGACGGGGGCGCUGAGGCGGUGGCCGGGCCCAGUCUGAGGAAGUGGGUGGGGCAUGGGCUAACGCCGACCAAUAAAAGAGAAGGAAGCUACGAUUGGCGGCGAUGAACACUAAUGAGAGAUCGUCCUUACCUUGCGGAGUGCCGCCCCUCUUCUCUCCCUCCUACCGCCUCCUUCCUUUGGGGGGGAAGGCGGGGCCAGAGGCCUGAAGUGUGGGGAGAACUUGGGGUAAGUAGCCCCGGGGGGCACAGGGCGUGGCAAGGAGAGGGGAGUUGAAUCCUGAGGGAAUGGAAGUCUGGUAGAGCCUAAUGGGAGGAUCAGGGGAUGGAGUGGAACGGGAGGAAGGGGAAGGGUACUAAAUUGGUUGAAGACCCAGGCUUAUCAAAGAGUGGUGUUAGGAGCUUGGCAUUGGAAGAGCCAGGGGUAAUAGGCAGGAGAUAGGGAGAGUAGGUGAAAACAUGGCACUGGGUUUGGUUGGAAAGAUAGGUAGGAGUAAAUCAUUGGAAAUGGGAGUCCUGGCAUUUCGACAGCAUUAUGAAAAAGCAUAGGGACAGGAUUUCAGAGAGAAAGUCUGAAUUUGGAGAAGAUUCAGUGAAUGAGUUUAGGAAGUUAAUAGGGGUGGACUUAGUAGUCAAAAAGCAUCGGUUUUGAGAAGGGUGUAGGAAUUCAGAGGGGGUAAAGGAGGUGGUGUUUGGAAACGAGACAGCUGAUAGAUAACGUUUUUAGCCUAGGUAACAGAAGCAGCCUAGGAUAUUGAUUCGGGGCAUUUGGUGUAUAGGGCACCUAGUCUGGUGACCAGCUUGCAAGAAUAGUGGGAUAGGGGUACAGGAGGAGAAAAAUAGAACAAUUUCAUCACUUCUAUUGUGAUUUCCUUUCUCUCUCUCUUCCUUUUCCUACACUCAUAUCUUCCUAAACUCAGGGAUGGGGGCUUGGGACUUAAGCAGCCCAAGUUGGAGCCCCAUUGGGAGUCAUAUGUUGCUCUGAAUUGCUUGUUAUGUUCUCUGACUGGGGUGUUUACUACCCAGGGCACCUCCUACCCAGAUUGCCGCGUUGCUACUUUCCUAACUUUAAAAGUUUGUUUUCUACUUAAUAGAGGAGUAUUUUAGUAUCUCCGACGGUUGUGUCCUAGUAAGUGUAGGGUUGUGGGGGUCUGCAGAGCUUUCUGGGCAAGCUCGCUUGAUUCUUAUGUUUAAAAACUUUGCAGUAGUAUAAGUAAAGUAAUUCUUAUAAAGACAUCGGUCUUUCCAGUUCUUGUAAGCACAGAAAAAUAUACUAAAUUGAAGUUUGUUUUGUUAAAUGUCGUAUCCACUUAUAUUCUUGAAGAGUUGUUAAAUGGAUGGUUGUAGUUAGUUUUCAUUAGCUUAUAUAUUUUAAAUGGUAUAAAUAAGAUGGGCAUGUAUUUCAGGAAAGUGAAAAAAAUUCAGUUUCUUCCUUUGUGUCUAGACUCAGAAGCUAAAGAUAUGUCAUAAUAUCUUAGGGCAAGUGUUGAGGAAAUCAAACACAAUUUGUACUUAAACAUGGAGGAUGUAAGCUCCGCUCUGCUAUAUGAAAUAUGGGAGACGACAGACCGUUUGUGUGCAAUGCCCCGGGCUGUGGACAGAGAUUUACAAACGAGGACCACCUGGCAGUUCAUAAACACAAGCAUGAGAUGACAUUGAAAUUUGGCCCAGCCCGAACUGACUCAGUCAUCAUUGCAGAUCAAACUCCUACUCCGACUAGAUUCCUGAAGAAUUGUGAGGAGGUGGGGCUCUUCAAUGAAUUAGCUAGCUCCUUUGAACAUGAAUUCAAGAAAGCUGCAGAUGAGGAUGAAAAAAAGGCUGCUGCUGGGCCCCUUGACAUGUCUUUGCCUUCCACACCAGACAUCAAAAUCAAAGAAGAAGAGCCAGUGGAGGUAGACUCGUCCCCAGCUGAUAGCCCUGCUUCCAGUCCCUGUUCCCCGCCACUCAAGGAAAAGGAGGUGGCCCCAAAGCCUGUUGUGAUCUCUACCCCCACACCUACCAUCGUGCGCCCUGGCUCCCUGCCUCUCCAUUUGGGCUAUGAUCCACUUCACCCAACCCUUCCCUCCCCAACUUCUGUCAUCACACAGGCUCCACCAUCCAACAGGCAACUGGGAUCUCCCACUGGCUCCCUCCCUCUCGUCAUGCAUCUUGCUAAUGGACAGACAAUGCCUGUGCUGCCAGGGCCUCCGGUACAGAUGCCUUCUGUCAUAUCGCUGGCCAGACCUGUGUCUAUGGUGCCCAACAUUCCUGGUAUCCCUGGCCCACCAGUUAACAGCAGUGGUUCCAUUUCUCCCUCUGGCCACCCUAUGCCAUCAGAAGCCAAAAUGAGACUAAAAGCCACCCUAACCCACCAAGUGUCCUCAAUCAAUGGUGGAUGUGGAAUGGUGGUAGGUACUGCCAGCACCAUGGUGACGGCCCGUCCUGAGCAAAGCCAGAUCCUCAUCCAACACCCUGAUGCCCCGUCCCCUGCCCAGCCACAGGUCUCACCAGCCCAGCCCACUCCUAGCACCGGAGGGCGUCGGCGACGCACCGUGGAUGAAGAUCCUGAUGAGCGGCGGCAGCGUUUUCUAGAACGCAACCGGGCUGCAGCCUCCCGCUGCCGUCAAAAACGGAAGCUCUGGGUGUCCUCCCUAGAGAAGAAGGCAGAGGAACUCACUUCUCAGAACAUUCAGCUGAGUAAUGAAGUCACGUUACUACGCAAUGAGGUGGCUCAGUUGAAACAGCUACUGUUAGCUCAUAAAGACUGCCCAGUCACUGCACUACAGAAAAAGACCCAAGGCUAUUUAGAAAGCCCCAAGGAAAGCUCAGAGCCCACGGGUUCUCCAGCCCCUGUGAUUCAACACAGCUCAGCAACAGCCCCCAGCAAUGGCCUCAGUGUUCGCUCUGCAGCUGAAGCUGUGGCCACCUCGGUUCUCACUCAGAUGGCCAGCCAAAGGACAGAACUGAGCAUGCCGAUACAGUCGCAUGUGAUCAUGACCCCACAGUCCCAGUCUGCGGGCAGAUGAUGCCUCCCCUGGUGGAGAGGUCCCUAGCCAGAGCUCGCCCACCCAAGAGCCAAGAGAGAUGUCAUCUUAUCCCCUCCAUCUGCCUUGGACGUGGCGGUAUGAGGGAAAGAUUGUGUGUUGUGAGUAACGGACAGAUGUGGGGCUUUUCUCUUCAGCCACAUGGUCGUGUACAUUGACACCUGUACUAGGAGCCUCCCAGCCCCGGAGCCACAUAGAUCAUCCCCUAAGGGGGCAGUUUCUGAUGUACCUACAGCCAAAGGCCUUUCCAGAUGGUCCGAACAAUCACCCCAGCCUGUGCAUGUGUACCUGUCUCUUAACACUAACCCUUGCACUUCUAGGUUUUGGGUUUCUCAGUUGCCUCUCUUCCCAUGAAGCCAUGGCUUCCUGUUCCUUAGCAGCACGCCACCUCCUGCUAGGUAGAGGGAGGCUAGUGUUGAUGGCAGGUCACCUGCUGGCCCGCCUCAGCCACCCCAUAGGCUCAGGACUUUGUCUCCCAUUAGCUGCUUAUUUUAUCCCCUUUUCCCCUUCCUGAAGUCUAGUUAAAACAUUCACUUAUGGCGAAUGUAAAGUUACCUUUGAUACAUGAAUUAGCAGUAUUUUCCAGCUCUUCCAUAAACUUUAGUCCUCCCUACCUGCCACCAAAAAAAAAAAAAAAAACAAAACAAAAAAACACUCAAAAACAAAAACAGAGCAAAAAGAAACAAACCCCAAGAAUUCUAAUCCUUUUUCAACUAUUUCUAGAGCUAUUUGGGUACCUCAUUUUUUGUGUCUUGAGUUUUCCCGGUCUCCAGGUGGGGCCUUUUCCACCUCCCAGUAAGCCUUGGCAAGGUCAUCUUGUGUGGCCUUAUUAGCUCUUGCUUGUUAGUGAAAAGGGAAAGUGCCCCGAGUGUGACUAGCUGAUUCCCUGCCUCCCCAGUCCACCCUCCUGCAGUUAUCAUUAGGGCAGGCAGGAACAGUAUAGUUUAAAGCUCAUUCUAUCAGGUUACUAAAUUGAGUCUUUAUGUUUUACAACAGUUUACUGGCCAAAGCACACAUAUUCCAUUUGGUCGUCUGUCCGCUCCUGUAUCUCCCUCUUUGUCCCUGUCUGUGUCCUGCCUCUGUCUCGCUUCUUCCGAUGCAGCCUCCUGGAACUAGAUGCCCCCUAGAUGCAAUGCAUCCCCAAAGGCCCAGCCCCAGGACUCUGAGACAUCAGAGCCAGGGUCCUGAGUGGGUUUUCUCGAGGGUCAGGUAACAUGGGGAGAGGCAAGAGAGAGAAGGUGCAGUACUGAUCUCAGCAGAACAGCCCUGCUUGGGGAAGGUCUGGCCUGCCCGGGGAAAUUGGUGACUAUUGCUCUCAGCCAUUCUUACUUUGAGGCGUUAGGUUGCAGGGGGAGAAAUUCAUCCCUCUUGUCCCUCUUUCUUCCCCAUUAAGACUUCUGAUCUUCCUUUGGCUCUGAACUAUGCAAUUUCUACCAGGGCCACAGGAAGUGAUCCAAAGCCAGAGGCCUGUGGAUAGAUAGGUCAGCUUUAAUAGCCUGUCAGUAUGAAUCCCUUCCAAUUGUCCCAGAGCCACCUUCUGCCAUCUGCCCAAGCCAAGAAUGCCCUUUUCUCCCUUUCUCCUACCUCCAUCUUAAACAUACGUGCAAAAUAACUGCCAGCUUCCUUCUUUAGUUUGUUUCCCAGAAUUGGCUGUCAUGGGGGAAUGAGGAAACCUAAGCUACGAGAUUCCCGUCUUCCCAGAGUGCUGUACUGGUGAGCCAGUCAGGUGACUUGUUCUGCUGCAUUUGUUUUUCCUUUCCCCUCCUGCUUUUCAGAACCAGUGCUGAACACGACACACCUGGUAAAGAGAAGGAAGAGAAAACACAGUUUUCUCAUCCUCUACCACCCGGGACCCAACAGGAACAGCCCCCGAGGUGACUCAGACUAGCAAAUGGCCUGGCAGAUGGUCGGGAUACAAGUCCCCACCUCCAGGGACUGCACUUGCCUUCCACAGUUCACAGCCGUAACUUGUACUCAGGACUUUUCCUUUUGAUGGCUGUUCCCUGGGACUUUCUUCUGCUUUAGUUGUGUUUCAUUUUUUAUCAUCUUGAUUUCCCACCAGCAGCCUUGCCCUAAAGCUUGACUGAGUUUAUGGCUCCUAAGGAGCCUUCACAAGACCCUGGACUGUUUUUCUUCCCCCUUCAUUCUAGUGUUUUUCAAGUUAAGAAUCCAUUUGUCACUGCAUACGUGCCCUGCCUCACUGUUUGGCUGUGGAGGAAGUUUGAGUCGUACCCGUCUGUCCCCAUGUAGGACAGCUAGUUUAUUUAGAGGGUCUCUUAGUCCCCAUGUCUCCUUCCCUCGAGCCCUUACCUCAUUGUCAUCGGUGGGAAGUUCUUACUGGGGCCUAAAUGAGGGGAUUGCCAGAACCUUACUGGUGAAGCAGUAGGAAGGGACAGGAUAGAACCCUCCAGAUAGCUCUUUAGCUGGUCCUUGGCCUCACUGAGAAAGCAGGGCAGUUGGUUAUCCUGAGACUCUCUCAUAGUUAAGGGGAAUGUCACUUAUACUCACUUGUUAUUGCUGCCAGCUGUGUGGCCACUCUCCCUUGCCCUUUGCUUUCCAGACGCAUCUGGACCAGAACCAAGCGUCAUGGAGGGCGUCACUUCGCCCUUUCUUAAUGACCGUGGCCUUUCUAGGAGCCCAAGGGAGGAUACUUUGUGAGAGGAGCUGAGAGUGUGGAUGCCUUGGGACUCUAAGCAAACACAAGAUUCAGGCCUCCCACCUCAUUCCAGAGACACAGCUGAUAGAUAACCAAGGCCAUAGAGAAAGGUACCAGACCAGGUCUUCAGGUCUGCAGACUUUUGCCCUAUUCCUUUAAAAGAAGGCUUGCUCAGAGUUGCAAAGCCUGAGAAAACUUCCCUCACUGCUAGAGAGGGAAAAACUAGGCCCUCCUUUACUUGCUCUUUCCCUGUUGGUUGUACACCCCAAAUCUGGCUUCCUUCAGCCUCCACUCCUCUCCGUGGUCCUAAGCACUAGACCCUCUACUCUUGGUAGUGGUAAAUAGGAGACGAGCUAACCUCACUCACCUUGCCGCCUUCCCUAUGCCUGUUCUGCCAUUCUUAACUCUUUUCCUGAUUCACUGCCCUCCAGCACUACCUAUCCUGGUUGACAGGGUACUUAACCAUAACCAUGCCCUGUCUACAGCCUGAACCACCAAGCAGACACCAAAAUACUCCUCCUGUGGUUUCUAAGGCUCCCUUGCUCCACACUGAGAGGCUCCUUCAAAGGUGCUAGCCCUGCGACAGCCCCCUUCCCCUGAGAGUCCCCUCUUUCUUUCAUGACUUCCUUGCCAUCCCCAAAUCAUUAUUUUUCAUUAAUAUUGUACAUUGUAUACACAGGAAGGAAAUGUAUUCUUUUUUUUUUUUUUUUAAUUUCAUAACCAGUCCGUUUAGAAUCCAGUCCUCCUAGUUAUAUCACAUAUGCCUUUGUUGAUAAUGCUCUUUCCGCUUUCUUUAGACUUUUGUUUGACAGGGGUGGAGGGGGGAAUGGGACAGGUGAGGACCCCAAGGCAGAUUAGAGGAUUCCCCCAUCCUGCUUCAGCCCCCCACAACUUUAAUCAUCCCCCUCACUGUAUAAACCUGAUUUCUCUGUGUGUUCGCAUACAUGCAUGUACACACAGACAUAAAUCCCCACCCACUCACCUCAGAGUGGUGACCCAGCAGGAAUGAGAGUUAAGUGGCUACUGGCCACUAUUCCCACCCCAUUACCAGUUCAUUUGUCUCUCCUUGGGGUAAAGUCCUACCCCCAGAAUGAGAAAAGGCUGGGGAGAAUAAGGCAGGCUAAGGCAGCUGUGUCCUUUGUAGAUGCAGGUUUGUAUUGUAGCUGCUAGGGUUUAUUUUAUUUUUUUAAUGGGGGGCUGGUAGCACAGAGCUAUCAUCAACAUUAGCUACUGGUGGGUGAUGUUUUAGCUGUAAGAAAUGGCUAUGAGCACUAGUUUCAUUGACCUUCCCUUAGGGCGGUGGUUCUCAGGAUGUGGUCCAGGCUCAGUAGCAGCAGCAGCACCAGUAUCUGGGAGCUUGUUAGAAAUGCACAUUUGGGCCCCACCACAGACCUAUUGAAUGGGAAACUGAACUGGGCUGGGCUCUAACAAGCACUCCACACUAAAGUGUGAGAACCAUUGCCUUAGGGGCAAGCUGGAAAAUCCUUGUAGGGUGUCAGGGAUAUUUUAAGUACCAUCCUCUGCCUUAGCACUAACACAUUUUUCCACUUCCUCCAGUACCUCCCUCCACCCCCAUUAAAACAACAACCACGUCAUUCAUCUCAAAAUCUAGGUUUGAGUUCCUUCUACUUCUUCCCAAAACCUGUCCUGCCUUGGUCUGGACAGGAAUUGUCGCAUAUUCCCUUGCAAACUGGUCACUCCACAGUCUUUGUUACGGGAAGGACGGGCUGGAGCUCUAGCUGUCCUGUAACACACACACACACACACACACACACACACACACACACACACACCCCUUUCCAGCAGGGAGAUGAGCCUCCAGCCCCAACCGUGGAGGCUGCAGCCUCCUGACAUAGUGUCAGUUGAAAGAAAGUGGUGUGUAUCUAUGGUUAUAUCUCUGUUCAUCUGUGUACCUUUGACAUGUAGCAGCCCCUCUCCGUCCCGUCAAGGAGCUCGACUCUGGGUCUGGGUCUCCCCAGUCCCCAGUGGCGGACUUUGACAGGUGGGAGGAUGCAGUGCUACGGGCUGUUCUGUUACAAAACCGUCUUCUCCCUUUCCCUGCCACCCGACUCGGCAUGAUCCCUGUGAGCAGGCUCUCACGAUCUCCCAGGACGGGGCUGAGACAGAGGCUUCACUCUGUUCUCCCUAACCGUGCCUUCUUCUGUCCCCCGCCCCUUACCACCCAGCAGUUCUCCCCCCAGCCAUGCCUUCUCCUGCUCCCCCUUGCCCUGACAUAUAUUGUGCCUUAUUUAUGCUGCAAAUAUAACAUUAAACUAUCAAAGAGAACUACUGUUAUGUCUAAUGCUUCGGUACUCUGAUCUACAAGUCUCAUUGGCCACUAUUCUCUGGGAACUCCUUGGGCUUUCAUGUCUGUGCUUUUCCUCACUCUCCCAUUUUUUAGGACAGAAGGAGCAGAGAUUCUUAUCCCUCCUUUUGAUGCAGGGAAGACACAGCCUAGAGAAGGUAGGUGGUUUAUAUCAAUCACAUAAAGACAAAAGAAGGCAUAGAAACAGGGGCUCACAUCUGUGCACUGCCAUGGGCACAAGGGCCUCCACAUUAUGGGAGCCUUUGCUGUAGAACUUGUGUGCUUUAUGUGGAUGGGGGAUGGUCGGGUGUCUGAAGGCAAGUGGCCUCUUAUCUUUCAGUGUUUUUCCCCACCUUCCUCCCAACAAUAAAAAACAAAAGCAAGCCCUACUCUCAGAAAGUUCCCAGCAUGACUAGGGGAGUGCACACACAAACACACACACAGGAGUUCAAGAUGUGGGGAAGAGGUCGAUCUGGAAGUGAGGGGUGGAGCUUAUUUAAAAGCAGGUAAGAGUUCACAAGAAAAACAGAUAAUAGCCAGGAACUGGCAAGGGGCAGGGCAGUCACUAGUAAUUGCUCAUGUUUAUGUAUCCUUAGAUAAUUAGCACAAAUGAGGAAGAGGGAGCCAGGCUACAGAACUUGACCAGGAGAUAGCAGGUGCCUCUGAGGGCUUCCAGGUAGAAGAGAAGUGACUUAGAAGCUGUUUGUGGUUGGUGUUUGGUAUAACUGAUGCAAGUAGGAAGACUGAGUCUCUGCAGGAGAGUGGGAAAGGCAGUGGUGGUCUUCACUGUGUUGUGCUCGGGAGCGCAUGGGUUUCCAGAGAAGGUGAGAAAAUAAGUUGCUGAAAUCCAAAUACCAAAGCUGCCAAGAUCGUGAGGCUUUGGAAGACCUGGGACUGAAGGGAGGGCACAUUCCCAAGUUGGGAGAAUUAACCCAUCCCAGCUGCAGGCGUAUCUUGUUCAGUUGCACUUUGCAGAGGGUGGGGAUUUUUUGUUUUGUUUUUUACAAAUUGAAGGUACAGGAUCCAAGUGGAGGAAGUACGUGCAGAUGUGGGGGAGAUAGCAGAGAACUAGACUUAGAAGUGGAGCCUGAAGAUGGGACUACAUUGGUGUAACCCCAUGAUCCAAGCUGAACAGAGGAGCUGCUGCUUACAGAGGAGCACAGAAAGUGGUUUCUUGAGACAGAUUCUCCUGGUGAAGGCGCUGUCAAGACUAGAAAUGACAAAGGAUUUAGAAUAUUACAGGGCGGAUCUCUGUAGCAUGGCCGGUUAGCUCGUCCGGCUGUUAACCCAAAGGUUGAUGGUUUGAGCCUACCCAAGGAUGUGAUAUUUGUGGUAGGAUGUUACAGGGGUGUCUGGCUGGAGUACCGGUCGGUGGAGCAGGUGACUCUUGAUCUCGGGAUUAUGAGUUCGAGCCCCAUGUUGGGUGUAAAGAUUACUUAAAAUUAAAAUCUUCAAAAAAAAAAAAAAAGUAUGAGAAUAUUACGGAAACAUAGUUGAUAAAGCAGUGGUUGAGUUUGAGAGGUUUGUCUCUAAUUUUUAAAAUUCUGUGGGUAAAGUGCUAUCAAAGAGCAUCGCACACUACUGAGAAAUCAUUCAUGGAAGGAAGAGCUAAUGAAUGCGGCAAACUUCAUUGUCUUAUUUUAAGAAAUUGCCAUGCCACAGCCACCCCCACCCUUUAGCAGUCACCAGCCUGAUCAGUCAGCAGUGAUCACCAUCAAGGCCAGGUCCUCUACCAGCAAAAAGAUUACAGCUUGCAGGGGGCCUAGCUGGCUCAGUAGGUGCAGCAUUGGCUCUUGAUCUCAGGGUGCUGAGUUCAAGCCCCACCCUGGGUGUAGAGCUUACUUAAGGAAAAAAAAAAAUUACCAUUCACUAAAAAGCUCAGAUGAUUGUUAGCAUUUUUUUAGCAAUACCUUAACUUUGUUUUAAGUUUUACUUACUUAUUUUAAGAGAGAAUCCCAAGUAGGCUCCACGCUGUCAGCACAGAGCUGGAGACAGAGCUAGAUCUCAUGAACUCUGAGAUCAUGACCUGAGCCGAAAUCAAGAGUCAGAUGCUUGACCAACUGAGCCAUACUGGUGCCCCAGGAAUAUUUUAAAUUUAAGGUAUGGACAUGAUUUUUUUAGACAUUUGCACACUUAAUAGGCGAUAGCAUAAUGUAAACAUAACUUUUACGGGCACUGGGAAACAAAAAUUCAUUUGAUUUGCCUCAUUGCGAUACUUUAUUGCAGUGGUCUGGAUCUGAACCAGCAAUAUGUCUGUUCGUACCAAAGAAGAUAGCUGUCUCCAUCCUGGACAUAGGAAGUUAGCUAGACCUGACCUUUUCUGAAUUGAGCCUCAGCUCAGAUCCACUUGUAAUUGAUGAUCAGAGACACUAGGAGAAUCAGGGUAGCAAACACUUACUGGCUGCUCUGUGCUGGGUGUAACACUAGAUGUGUUGCAUUCAUUAAGUCAUUUUCUGUUCACAACAACCCCUUGGUAAUGCCUCAUUUAAGAUGAACUGAGGUUUAGGUUGACAUUUGCUCAAGGCUCAUGGUGAUGUGCACGUGCUGGCAUUACAAUGGCUCUGUCUGACCCCAGAGCCACUCUGCAAUGGCUCACACACCCUCACAACGCUGCCCCUCUGGACUUCUGUCAGGUAAGAACAGACAGAGGCCUUGAUGUGGUAUAGGAUCCAUUUCCCACAGAAAAACCAUCUGCUCGUGGACUGGAUACUCCUCCCUUCUAAGAAGCGGUGACAUUCCAAGAUGUGAUGAUGAUGAGUGUCAGGUUCUGUGCUUGGGACCAACUGUGAGACCAAGCUUACAGAGGGAGGCCGCAUUAAUAGAAACCUAGUAUCUCGAACAUGCAGAUCAAAACCUGCUCUAUUCUACCUAUCCAAAGUUAUAGAUUGGUUGCUAGCUGGCUUGCUAAAAGAGGGAGGUCCCCUUAACAAAAAAUAGAGUGGAAGAAUCAAAUACGUGAAAGGCUUGCACACAUGAAAGAUGUGCAACAGUAUGUAACUUAGUGGGGCACACUGAGACCCCUGGUGGAGGCCACAGGAGACGGAAGCCAGCAUGGCACACGGAUAAGUCUGCCCCACCACUGUCUCAGGAGAUGGAAAAUUCACUGGGACUCUCUGCAAGGAUCACCACUGCUAACGUUUUGAGGACACUUGCUCUGUGCCAGAUCCUGUGCCGAAUGGAUUACAAAAAGUAUCUCAAAUAAUGCUCACCCUGGAGGGUAGUUUCUUUUAUUAAAAAUUUUUAAUUUUUUUUCAAUAUUUAUUUUGAGAGAGAGAGAGAGAAAGCACGAGCUGGGGAGGGGCAGAGAGAGAGGGAGACACAGAAUCCAAAACAGGCUCCAGGCUCUGAGCUGUCAGCACAGAGCCCGAUGUGGGGCUUGAACUCACAAACUGAGAUCAUGACCUGAGCCAAAGUCAGAUGCUCAACCGACUGAGCCACCCAGGUGCCCCAUUUUUUUUAAUGUUUAUUUAUUUUUGAGAGAGAGAAAGAGUGUGAGUGGGGGAGGGGCAGAGAGAGAGAGGGAGACACAGACUCCGAAGCAGGCCCCAGGCUCCGAGCUGUCAGCACAAAGCCCGACGUGGGACUUGAACUCAUGGACCACGAGAUCAUAACCUGAGCCAAAGUCAGACGCUUAACCAACUCAACCACCCAGGCACCCUUCGAAAGUAGUUCCUUUUAACGUUGCCAUGUUUUUCGGUGAGGAGACUGUGAGUUUUGAGAGACGGCUUGCCCAAGACUGAUCCACAGACUCUUUACCUCAUGGCACCUCUCCAGCACAGGCUAGAGAGCCACACGGGGCGGGGACAGGGGAAGUUGAAGAAGGGAUUCUAGGAUCAGAAGGGAAACUGUAUCAGAUGACUUUGAAGGACCCCCUUCCUGAUUUUUUCCUAAGGCAGAAUUCCUGUCACCUGCUCCAACAGGUCAGAGCCAGGCAGAGGAUGGGGUGACUAGUAGGAGGUGAACAGAGCCAUAUUCCAACCCCAGUUUCCUGCCCCUGCCUUUCUGUGACUCCUUAGAAUGAGGCUUAGGAACCUUCAUCCCCCCCCCCCCCCCGCCCCCCACCACCACCCUUCAAAGAGCAGAAAAAGGAAAUGACCAGACUUGACAGUGCGGAGCUGUGGCCACAGGGUGGCAGCAGUGCCUCACUGCAGAGGAUGGCUCCAGAAGCCCAAGUGAGGCGGGUCCUAAGCAGCGCUCUCUAGUGUGAAGACAGGAUCAGUCUGCAGAGAUUUGAAGCAAUCCCCACUGUGUGGACUCUGAAACCUUGUAGUCUCCUUCUGUAUCCCACUUUUCUGUCCACAGGCAAAUCUCAGAAUAGUGAUCCCAUUUUCAACCCUCCCAAGAGCCAUGUAGGCAAGGGUGUGAAUGGUCUGGAUGACCCCAGCUGCAGCCACAGUCAUGGCAAGGAUCGGGCUCCAUCAUUCUGGCUAAUUCUAACCCUGGCUCUUAGUUCCUCCCUCUGUCCCGGGACAUAAGGCCUAGCCCUUCUUUAGAAGACUUCCUCUAUGCUUUUAUUCUCUAAGGAAGGAAAGAGGAGGUGAUCAAUUGGCGCUCUCCAACCUAUUGAGAAAUCGGGGGUUCUUGAAGGCCCCCCAGGGCCUGGCUCUGACAAAACAUCUGCAAUUAAUGAUGCUUCUUGAGCUCUGGAGACAGGAUUUAUGCAUCUAAUAAAGUCUCUAACUCCAGGCUUAGGGGUUGGGGGCCGGAGGCUGGGAGCAGGAAGUCCCGGGGGUGCCAUGGGAGGGGGUCCCAGGCGGCUCCUAAUGGAGCCGUGCGUUUCCAUUGCCUGCUCUAGAUCCCCCCUCAGGCUGCUGUGGGGUGGGG